AUGGCAGCGUCUUCAAACCAGCCCGCGUACAUCUGGAGCAAGUCCACGGCGUACAAUGCGGUGAACCAGGUCACAGUCGAGGCGCAACCGGUCAUCACUACCGGCCAGAUCCACCGAGUACCGGCUUACAAAGAUCUUCGCACGGUCAUAUACAUAUGGGGGGAUAGCCCGGCAGCGAACCCUGCCGACAAGUCCCAUGCCAAGGCCGAUUGGGAGCCGACCAUAUACCGCCAGUUACCGGACAUCCGUAUCGCAAGUGUGUCAUGUGGGCCGUCGUAUAUGAUGCUCUUGUCGAGCUGCCAUCGGCUGUUCGCGUUGGGCCGGGGUGAUUACGGGCAGCUCGGUCUUGGCGCCUCGCUACGGCGCGUUACCGUGCCCACGCCAAUAUCGGACAUACCCACAGUUACAGAGGUUGUGUGUGGUGAGUACCAUUGCGUGGCCAUCGCGUCUGGAGGGAGCCUGUUUACCUGGGGGCGCAACGACGUGGCGGGCCAUCAGGAGGGGUUCACCACCAGCAGCCCCAAGGAGCUUGUUUUCAUGGGAAGCAAAACAAAGUGCCGGUCGGUGAGCGUGAACCAGACGCUUACAGUUUGUGCGUGCGACGCCGGCACGUCGCUGUACCACUGGGGGUUCUCCUUCUCUGGGGAGAAGAUCCAGCGGCCGCAGCUGUUCUACACAUUCGACCAAGCGCGCAUACGCCAAGUGGCAUUGGGAAAGAGCUUCGGCUUGGCGGUGUCAGAUACAGGGACCGUGUACGGCUGGGGUGAUCGCACAUACGGCGAACUACUGGGCCUCGGCAAAAAGCAUGAGUCGUCAUAUUUCAUGCUUCCCACACUCCUGAAGCUCCGCCAUGUCCACAGCGUCGUCAGCGUUGCAACUGGCGACCGUCAUGCACUGCUGCUCGACGAGAGUGGAAAGGUGUGGUCGAUGGGAGAAAAUAUGUAUGGACAGUGCGGCGUUCCACCGUGUCACCAUUCGUCACUGCUGCAGAUCGACUUUUCGGACUCGUCGUUCCCAGUCAGCAAAAUCGCAUGCGGGCCCAGACACUCGGCGUGUAUAAACUCGGGAAACCAGCUCUUUACUUGGGGCAACUCGGCGGGCCACAAGCUCAUCUUCACAUCAUCCGUUGACAUGUUGGUACAGCAACAACGCCAGCCGGGAGUGUCGGCGUAUUCUGGCCUCAAGAACUGCUGCAGCCACCCGCAGUUGAUCUACGCUCUGCUGCACGAGAAGGUGGCGUGCCUGGGACUUGCAGCGGGGUACACGGUCGUCGUUACAGGAGAGGGUAUCGUCCCCAGUGAGGAACUGCCCCCGACGGUUGUCCUAGUUCCUGACGCAGAAGAAAUGCCGAGCAUUGAAGGCACGCCCCGUAUUAGAGAAACUCCAACUAACGAAGAAGGUUCCGGUGAGGCGUACUUCCCGAUACAGCUGUUCAAGUGA